AUUUACCAUUUAUCAAAAAAUGACGAGUUUUCUCUGUCCGGAGCAUAGAGCACACAACAACGAUGACGGUAAGACGAGUCUACAUCCAGCAAUCUCUAGCGGACACACAGACUGCGUGGCUGCACUGUUACAAGCAGGUGCUGACCCAAACACUCAAACCAAGCACGGCACGUCGCCCCUUCACUUGGCCUCAUCUCUUAUCGACAGCACGAUUGCUAGACUGCUGCUCGAGCACGGUGCAAUUGUGAACAAGCAGUCUACAGAUGGAGGAUGGAUCCCUCUUCACGAGGCUUGUCGUCACGGCCUUCUGGACACAGCUCGACUUCUGUUGCAGCGAGGAUCAGUCUCUGAGCUCACAAACGACGGUGUGCACAGUUGGAUGAGAUGCGACUGGCAGCCAAUACAUUUUGCUGUUUGUAAUGGCAACGUGAGGUGCGUUGCAGAGCUGAUUGCUGCUGGUGCGUCUGUUAAUGUGGGAGGUGGUCCUGACUGGUCGUCUCCUCUGCUGGAGUCAAUACAUUAUGAGCAGUAUGAGUGCGCGAUGCUACUACUGCAACACCACGCAGACAUUCAGUAUGUCAAUCGUGUUGGCAUGUUUCCUCUUCUUAAGGCUGUGGGGAUGACAAAUUUGUCAGUUGAUUUUGUAGCUUUGUUGAUUGAUUAUAAGGCAGAUGUUAAUCAGUUUACUUAUUCAUCGUCAUUAGGGAGCCAAAGGCAUCAUAAGUGCCCUCUUAGUGAGUGGGCGAUGAAAGGAAAGGAGGUUGACGUGUUAAAGUUGUUGCUAAAAGGUGGAGCCGAUAUGGCUUUGUCAGACAGCAACAGUCUUCAUCCAUCUCUUUUUCAUGUGUCCAAUUACAAAGACGAAUGUCGCCUCGUAAAUUUUAUUAAUAUCUGCCACAGUCACAACUGUUUGAAUUUGAUGACACGAAGCAAUCAAUGGCAGAGGACGAUUGUUGGAGAGCUUAUAUUUCAUGCUGCCAAUUGGCGUAGAAAUGAAGGAUACAUAAGGAAUGCACUCACCAUCGUUCUCGCUGCUGGUGCAUCGGCCUCUGAUCCUAGUGGUGUCAGCAACAUUUCUCCGAUAAAAGCUAUUGUUAAGAAACAGUGGAAGGAGGCAAUAUGUAUACUGACUGAAGGGAACAUAUGGGAAGAAAGUGAACUUAAAGCUGCACUACUCGGAUCAGGACUCGGCCUUGGUCAAGUUCUAACAAGUCUCCAAGCUUCUUGUCGGUUUGUGAUUCGACAUUUACUUGGCCGAAAUCGGCUGCAUCUCAUCCGACAUCUACCCGUGAGUCCAUCUAUGAAGAACUAUCUGCUGUUUGGUUACCCACUUUUUCCACUGGAGAGUUCAUAACAAUAUUAACUACAAACUACAGCGGCAUACUGUAACCCUAGUGCAUGUCCACCUCGGUCUAAUGAGUUGAAACAAGUAAAUUCCAUCACUACUGUACAGAUUUG